AUGCGUGUUCAAUCUACAACCUUCACCGCGCUCCUGAGUGUUGCUGCCGUCAACGCCCAAGGCUCUUUCACAGAGUGGCACCCAGCUGGCGCAGGUGACUCGCGCGGUCCUUGCCCCGGUUUAAACACACUCGCGAACCACGGAUUCCUUCCCCACAAUGGUCGCAACUUCACCCUUGACAUCGUCAAGAAAGGACUCAGGGACAGCUUCAACUUCACCGAUGCUCUCACGGAGAUCCUGUUCAAGGCCGCCAUCACAACGAACCCGGUAGCCGGUGCUCAGACCUUUGGACUCGACACUCUAAGCACACACAACAUCCUGGAGCACGAUGCCAGUUUGAGCCGCUGCGACAAGUUCUUCUGCGAGGACUUCAUCUCUUUCAACGCCACUGUGUUCGCGAAGACCAAGGCUGAUUGGACCGGUGACAACGUCGACGUCCAGAUGGCUGCCAACGCCCGUAUCAACCGCAUCAACGAAUCCAAGAAGAACAACCCCGACUUUAAAUUUUCGGCAGUAGCCACCCAGGCCAGUGCCAGCGAAGGCGCAGCAUACUUGCUGGGAUUUGGAGAUAGGGCGACCAGCACAGCUAAGAAGGAGCUUCUAGUAUAUUUCUUCGAGAACGAGCGUCUACCUGUUGAGCUGGGUUGGAAGACUCCUAGCCAGGAGAUUACGCCUACCGACCUUGGAUCUUUCACUGCUGCAAUCAUCAAGGCCACUCCUGCCCAGGCAGCGCGUAGGGAUGGUAUGGUUGCAAAGCAUUUUUAG